AGAUGGGCUUAGCACAGGUCCACUAAAAGCUAAGCCCAAAAUCAGGUCCGGCCCGUCAAGCAACAAAAUGAUAUUUCGCUAGAAGACAAAACGUAUUUUGCUAUAAAUAAAAAAUGUCAGAGUCAUUAGAAUUCAUUCAGAGAGGUACAGAAAAGUACAGAAAAGGAGACCCCACACUUGGAGAUCGUCAAUCACACCACACCAGAAGUCUUUGACGACCUGCUUACUCCGAGCAGCUCGUCUUUGACGACCGCACACCAAAUUAGAGAGAUACUUGUUUAGACUAUCCGUAUAGACGAGUAUCUCUUGUUCUUGUAAUUGACGAGCUUUGUUUAUUCUUGACUAUUAAUACGAAAAUCUCCACUCUUUAAAUCAUUUAUAAAGUACAACACCUCACACCGAAUAUGGAUACAACAAGUGUGUACAUCAACAUCAAAGUCUCUCUUUCUCUCUCUUUUCAUCUCACUCUAUAAUCUGUUUGCAAGCCUCUCAGUUCUGAGGAGCUCAGAGCCAAAAGAUCAUGGAGGAAAGACAAGAACUUGCAUUGACCCAGUUGAAAAAAUCGGUCGAGAAACUCUCUUCUUCCACAGAGGGAUAUGAAGUGCCGACAUUGAUGAGGUUCCUGGUUGCAAGAUCAAUGAAUCCAGACAAGGCAGCAAAGAUGUUUGUAGACUGGCAAAAGUGGAGAGCCUCUUUGGUUCCUCCAAAUGGGAUUACAGACUCAGAAGUGAAGGAUGAAUUGGAGUUUAGAAAGGUCUGUCUUCAGGGUCCGACCAAAUCUGGACACCCUAUGGUGCUUGUCAUAACCUCUAAACAUUUUCCUGCUAAGGAUCAAGUUAUCUUCAAGAAGUUUGUUGUUCAUGUGCUAGACAAAACAAUCGCAAGUGGCAUCAAAGGCAAAGAAGUAGGAGAUGAGAAGUUAGUAGCUGUUAUCGAUCUGUCAAACAUUACAUACAAGAACCUUGAUGCUCGUGGACUCAUCACUGGCUUUCAAUUCUUACAAUCUUACUACCCGGAACGCCUUGCAAAAUGCUACAUCUUGCACAUGCCUGGAUUCUUCUUGACCGUUUGGAGAUUUGUUUGCCGUUUUCUAGAGAAAGCGACGCAAGAAAAGAUUGUGAUAGUAACGGAUGGAGAAGAAGAGAGAAAGUUCAAGGAAGAGAUCGGAGUAAAUGCCUUGCCGGAAGAAUAUGGUGGUAAAGCUAAGCUCACACCAAUCCAAGAUGUUCUUCUUACUCACAGUGCUCCACAACUGUUAACAACAAACAAUAAUAAUGUUUAAGCGUGUACUGCUUUUAGUAUUUUUACUAUGUAAUGAUCAUAACAGAACUUUGGUUAGAGAAGCAAUGAAACACAUGAGAAGCUUCCCACUUUAAAACA